AACAGUGUCUUCCAGGCGAUGCGACUAGCCGCCAGUUCCCUGGCCCGACGCUCACUGCAGCAGGAGGAACGAUAGCCAUGUCCGCCGGCCGUCGAAACACGCCCUCUCCCUUGCAUGACGGGAUCGGGCUGGAAGGACAGCCACGGCCGCCACUGGCCGUGCUGCCGCAAUCUGAAGCAGAGCUGUCGUCGAGAAGGUCGGGAGUGGCCAUGCCGGAAUCUCACACCGUCGCCUGGAACGACGACCAUGGUGGUUCUACCUCUGGCUUGCACCAUGUAAACCUCGUUGAUGACAACAGUCGCUGCUCCAAAUUGUACCGUCCGUCGUAUACGAUGUCAGAAGCCACGACAUGCACCAUGGACUUGCCGCCGCCACAAGUCAUGUCAGGAGGAGGCCAGCAAGAUGACGCAGUUACGGAUGGUCGUGGAGAAAAUGGAGAGCAAACAAUUCAGGUUCCUGAAGUUGGGAAAACGUUUGAGUCAGAGAAAGACGCCUAUGACAUGUAUAACACAUAUGCUGGCAAAGUUGGAUUUAGUAUUAGAAAGAACCAGACAAAGCGUCGACAUGAUGGUACUAUAUAUCAAAAAAGAAUUGUUUGCAGUAACCAAGGCCAUCGAGAAACCGAGUCGUCGAAGCACACUACAAGGACGGAUUGCAAUGCCCGUAUUCAGUUCAGUGAUGUUGGGACUGGUAGCAUUGACGUUUCUAGUACAGUGUCAAACUUUCGAAAUGAUGUGUAUGGGCAGUCUUCGUCCAUGGCUGCUCCGUUGAUCCAAGGUGGAUUUACUAAUGCCGCAAUUCCAACCUUUGCAAAUGAUGCGUACGGGCAACCUUCAGCUAUGUACGCUCCUUUCAUCCAAGGCGAAUUCACAAGUCUUUUGCUUGGAGUUCAUCAGGAUGCCACACUGUCCUCGUCUGCUAAAAAGUUACAUUUUGAUGAAUAG